AAUGAGUGGUCUUGGCGCCUUUGUGGAGCUCGUGAGCUGUAGCGGCGGAAAACGAGAACAUUUGUAUUUCAAAAAAAAACUGUCUUUUUAGAUCGUAGGAGAAGAGUUUAUUUUGAAGAAAAGAUUUAAACAUUUCAGCUAAGAGAAUGCCAGCCAAAACUUUCUCAGAUGGUGAAAUGGUCAUGGGUCGUUGGCCGGGUAGUAACCUGUACUAUGAGGUUCAAGUUACUGGUUACAACAAGAGCACCCAGCUGUAUGCAGUCAAGUAUAAGGAUGGUACUGAACUGGACCUGAAAGAAAGCGAUGUCAAGCCCUUAAAUUAUUUUAGAAUGAGAAAAGCCCAUUCAAGAUCAUCUUCUCGACAGCGUAGUCGAUCACGAUCACGAUCACGUUCUCCAGCUAGAACACAAGCCCCCAAGCGCUCAAACUCUCGUGGCAGGGAGACUAAGAAACCCAUGCAGAAGGAAGAAGUGCAAAAGGAAGAUGUGCCUGCACUGAAAUUUGUCCAUCAGAUGCUUCAGGAGAACAGCACAAGCAGCAAACCCACCUCUGUGAUAAACUACAAAGAGGCGGAGGAGGAGAACAGUGCCAAGAAUACCUACAGAAUUGUUGAGCACAAGAUACGGAAGGAAAUUGUAACAGACCAGUUGGAUCUCCCUUACAAUCUUCGAACCAAGAAGCAAGAAAAAAAUGUUGUAGAACUGGAAACAAAAGAUGACCAUCUGUACAUUAAAAAACAAGCAGUGCAGACUCAAGAGCGGGAGUUUGGAGGUAGAAUUGGUGUCUUCUUCAUCAUGUUCUUAUUGCCCUUCACGGUCAUUCUCUUGCUUUUGAUGUGUGCGGAAGAUGAUGCCAGUAUUCAGAGUUUUCCACCCCCUGUGCCAACCCUGCAGAUGUUAUGGAGUAGUAAUGCACUAGGCGUCUUUGUCCUGUGGUUUUUAUUCCAGGCUCUGCUCUACCUACUGCCCAUUGGAAAGGUUGUUGAAGGAGUACCACUAGCAAAUGGAAAGAAGCUUAAAUACAGGAUUAAUGCAUUCUAUGCAUUUGUACUGUGUGCUGCUGCAUUAGGUGCUGCCCUGUACAAUGAGGUAAACCUGAGUUACAUUUACAGCAGCCAGUUGCAGCUUGCAAUCUCCGCAAUUUUGUUUUCUGUUUUAUUGAGCAUCUACCUAUAUGUGCGCUCCUGGCGUGUUCCUGCAGAUGAACUGGCAGAAGGAGGAAAUUCUGGUAGUUUUAUUUAUGACUUCUUCAUUGGGCGUGAACUGAAUCCUCGUAUCAGAAACUUUGACCUGAAGUUCUUCUGUGAACUGCGCCCAGGUUUGAUGGGCUGGGUUGUCAUUAACUUAGGAUCGCUGUUUGCUGAGAUGGAAAUGCAGGGCCGAGAGGCACCCUCAUUGGCGAUGAUACUGGUGAACAGUUUCCAACUCCUGUAUGUGAUAGAUGCACUCUGGAAUGAGACAGCAAUUCUGACCACCAUGGAUAUUGUGCAUGAUGGAUUUGGAUUUAUGCUGACAUUUGGAGAUUUGGUCUGGGUACCAUUUGUAUACAGUCUACAGGCUUUCUACCUGGUUAAUCAUCCGAAUGAACUGAGUUGGCCAGUAGCUCUUGCGAUCAUUGCACUCAAUACUGUUGGUUAUAUCAUAUUCCGAGGGGCUAACUCGCAAAAGAAUGCUUUUAGAAGGAAUCCUCAUGAUCCAAAACUGGCACAUUUAAACAUUAUUCCCACAGCAGCUGGGAAGAGCCUGAUUGUUUCUGGAUGGUGGGGAUUUGUCCGUCACCCAAACUACCUGGGUGACUUGAUUAUGGCCUUGGCUUGGUCUCUGCCCUGUGGGUUCAAUCACAUCAUUCCGUAUUUCUAUGUAAUUUAUUUCACUUGUCUGCUUAUUCACCGUGAAGCCAGGGAUGAACGUCAGUGCAGGAAGAAGUAUGGUGUGGCUUGGAAUAAGUAUUGCCAGCAGGUCCGCUACCGAAUCUUCCCAUAUAUCUACUGAGCAUGUCUGUUUUACCUAUUAGAUUACGUGCCUCUGCACAUUAUUGUCACUUGUGUUUUGAAGAAAAUGCAACAUGAAUGUUAAUAUAUUCAUCCAAUUUUAAUCAUGAGGCUGGUUGGUUUUAAAAGUAAUUAUACAUUUUUCCGUUAUAACCUUGUCCCUGCCCCUUUUUAUAAGAGAAAAACUCUUCAUAGUUAGUCACCUAUUUACAGCAGAACAAAGUAUGUAAUCUUCCAAUGGACAGAAUGCCCUGGCAGACUGUUAAAAUUUGAAAUAUAUUCCUUUAUAGCUCAUUUUUCUUUUCCUUAAUUUGAAGGAAGGGACAGAUAGCUUGAGGGACAAAUAAUUUGUGUUGGUGUUACUAUUUAACUUUGGAAAAGACUGUGAACUAUAAACAUGGUUAAUUAUUUAAAGAUUUGGUAUGUCACUCACCACAUUUACUUCUCUCAGGUAUUCAUGAAAUAAGAGCUGAUUGCAUUGAGACGUGCUUUAAGAUGGUCAUAAAAUCAUCAUUCCUCAUGGCACAUUGCACUAUCUCUUGUUUAAACACUUCAGCUGUUUUAAAGAAAAUUUAAAUUUUUGCUUUUUCAUUUUUUGAUUCUUCCUGUAUUUUAAUAAGGGGCAGGUCCUGCACGAUGCAUGUUAUAAUUUUGAACCUUUAUUUACAUUGUCAUGAUUGACCUAAUGUGCAAAACAUUUCAAAAUUUUCCUUCACCCACUUUUCAAAAAAAAACUCUGUAAAGGUAACUACUGGAAUUAAUGGCCAUUUUCCAAAUCUUUAUCACUGAUUAUGAAUACUUUGGCCAGUUGCUUUGGGUUGUAAUUUCAGUUUGAACUUUUGUAUUCAUUCACCUUUUUAGAAAAUCUGGAGAGGGAACUGAAGAACUGUUACCUAACUGUUACCAUAAAUGUGAAUAUUCUGAUCACUACUUCAGUUAUUCCUUUCUUCCCUUUCCUUCAUUCUCUAUAUCUGCCCAUUCGUCUAUCCUGAAUUAUGAUAUUCAGGUUGUUUGAUUGUGUAUAGUCCAAGUUCAGCCCAAAGGGAUUACCAGAUCUUUGUGAUGCUGCAUCAUGGGUUCUGUUUCCCUUCAUAUCUGUUUUCUGCAGUAGUAUUUAAAGGAGAUCAUCAUCUGGAAGUAUAGAACAAUUAUGAGCCUACCUGCAGUACCUGAAACCUUUAAAACUCUGUCGGGUACUUUUUCCUGAUAUGGUGACCUGUGUAGUUCUUGUACUGUAAGACACCUUUAGAACAGGGAUCCAAAUAUAUUUAGCCAACUUUAGGUUUCUUUGAAUGCUUUGCUGUUUUCUGUAAUUCUGGUUUGUCACUUUGCUAUUUUGUAUGAGUGAAGAAUAUACACUGGAAGGCUCAUGCUUUAUCCUUAACACUCUUGAUGAAGUAUUUUAAAAAGAAGUCAUUUUGUUCAGGGAUAUUGAAAAUUUUACUUAAUACAGCGCUAUUAAUGAGAUUUGGUAACUAGAACGUUCAUUUUUCCAGUGCUGGUAGCUCGAAGAUGGGUUAAAUCUUCAACCUCAUCAAAAACACUUAGUGCAGGCAAGUAAGUGGCAAAAUAUUGUAGAAGCUGGAAAUCAGAAACAAAUACCAUGAAAGCAGGAGAAAUGUAACAGGCCUGGCAGUAUUUGUGGACAGAAAAACACGAGUUGAUGUUUUGAGUCCAAUAUGUCACUGUGUUAAUUCUUUUCAUAGAAACUGCCAGACAUUCUGGGUUUCUUCAGCAUUCCUUGUCGAGCAGGAAAGUGUUUAUUUGCCAAGGACAAGUAGGUGUAGCCACAACAUUUUUGAUCCUGCUGUUUUGGGAAAUUGAGGUACACCCCAUUUUCUACUAAUCCAUGGCAUAACAUGGACCAUUCAUUCUGAGCUGCGGCUUAGUUUUCUUGAAUCCUGUUUUUAUCUUCAAUUUAGCUUCCUUUAAGACAUUAAGGAACUUAUUUUUAAAGCUGGAAGAUGGCGUCUGAUUGAAAAGUCUAUUUUAAUAUUAGCUUGCUGCCUUCGUUGGAAUGUGAGGGGUUGAGUUUAUUGUUGAUAAAUGAAACCUCUCAACUGUGUAUUUUUCAGGAGGAGCUCCCCCAUAGCUUAAUUUUAUAUGACUACAGAAUGGAUCUGUAUUGAGAGGGGCUUUGUUUUGUUUUAACUUCUGGCUUUGCAACGUAUCACACUGUUUACAUUUGAUUAUUCACUCAUCAUAAAGCUGUCGUCCACCAAUUAGAAAAUGAAGGGUGGGCUCCAGAUUCCGUGAAGCCACAACUUCUCUGGAGUGCAGGCAGUUUUUUUUGUAGAAUUUGUGUUAGUUAUCCAGUUUGUGAGUUUUACCAGUAAAAUAAAACCAAUAGAAUGAAUUCUACCUUGCAUUUGCUUGCUGUCCAUUGACUCUAAAUAAGGACAGGUUACAGAUUUCUGCUGGUGCAAUCUUAAAAUGAUGCAGAAAUUGGUGGGACGUCCAAAGAGAUCUUCCUGCACUUGGUAGUGGCAAAUAGUCACAUCAGCAGGCAGCCUGUAUCGGAACCAAUUUUCACAGAGUUGACUGUUUUAUUAAAUGUCCUACUGAUUGUAUUUCUAACCAUCAGUAUUAAUAAAUGACAUGGUGCACAACCUGAGUUUAAAAACUGCCAUUGACUUAAAUGGGGGGAGAGAUAAGGCCACAUAGUUACCAUAGCCUGCAUGAGUACAAAACCUAGUCAGACUAGCACAGACUCUCCCUAUGUAUAAGAUGUACACGUUCUGAAUUUAUUUUUGAUUUUAUUUUGUGCUCAACUCUGUAUCCUUAAAAUCAGAUUUCCUGUGACUAAAAGAAAUUUUUGAUGUAUUCUUGAUUAUAAAUGUAACUUUACUGAUUAAAUAUUUUUAUAUAUGAAAAGAAUUACAGUAUUUCAGAUAGAUUUAACUGACUUCAAUGUAAUCAAUUUAGUGUGACAUUCAUUGUCUAGCACUGCCAAGGAGGCAGCACUGUAGCUCAGUGGUUAGCACUUCUGCCUCACAUUGCCAGGGACUAGGUUCAGUUCCACCCUUUGGCAACUGUGUGGAGUUUGCACAUUUCUCUCGUAUCGGCAUGGGUGUUCUAGCUUCCUCCUAAUGACCAAAGAUGUGCAGGUUAGCUAGACUGGCUAGGCCAAACUGUCCAUAGUUUCUAGGAUUGGUGUAUUUGCAUGGGAAAUGUAGGGUUACAUGGGUCUAGGUGGGAUGCAUGUUGGAGGGUUGGUAUGGACCUGAUGGGCCCAACAGUCUUCCCUUGCUCUGUAGGGAUUGUGAGGUUUUUUUUAAAAAUCCCUUCUGUGGCAUUCAGUGCUACAUGCUUGUAGAAAUCUGUGGCUCAUGAAUCCAUGUAAAAUGAAACUAAUUGUAUUAUGGGAUAGUAAUCAAAGUAGCCCCUGCUGUCCCUUCAGAGCUUACCCUUAUACAAAAAUAACCCUGGAUUCUGGAACAUUGUUUGAAACUGAUUUGAUUUGAGGCACGAUGCUAAGCUUAGAAGCUUCCUGUGCAACCUUUAAACAUCAAUCUAUUGUCUGGAGCAAUUCACUGCACUUAAUCCUAGACCUUGACCACAGCAGCUGAGUCAGUAAAAUAUCAGCACCAAAUCAGAAGACUUGUGACCAUCAAAGCUCCGGAAACAAUGUCGAAUAAGUAGAAAUGGGGUUGAUUUAAAUUCUGACAGUUCUUCGGUCCCAUGCAUUGCUUUGAGAAUAUGGGUGAACUUGCUAUUUUUUUUCUCUAUCUAGGACUAUUUCACCAAUGUGAGAAGAAUUGUUUUUUGUAGUUAUGAAUAGUUCCAGCUUGUGAUGUGAACUCAAGCUAAAAUUCUUUUUUACUUCAGCACUGCAAUUUCAGUGAGCCUAGGAGUUCUGAGGCAAUAUUGUAUAUAGAUUUGUCUUGAUAGGAACGAUUGUUGAACAUGGGUAGAAGGUAUUUUUUUGUGACUGCUUGUGUAACAGUACCCAAGAUUUUCUUGCUUGCAAAAACAUGCACUGUACAAAUAAAUUUUUAUAUUUUUUGAUUGAAAUAAAGAUUUCCACUCAGG